UUCAGUUAAUAACACGCACCAUGCUUCGAAAGAUCUGGUCUGAUGACAAGAAAGCCGGUUCAAGAGAGCUGAGAGGAAUACUGGCUGGAGGACACAAGCCAACUGCAAAAACGAUCUGGCUCUACGAUCGGCCUCUCUAGGACAGCCGACUCUUGUGCAUUGAUCGACCACUGGCGAAAUAUCUAGCGUGCAUCUCAUACUAUUCGGAAGCGCCGGCAAGAAAGGGAGCGAAUACCGUUUUGUUGUUCAGUUGGCAUUACGGCAUUCUGUGCAUGGAGGAACUGAAAGUUUGAAAUAAGUCAACAGUUUCAGGAUAAAUGACUGCUGUCAUUAACCCAUUGAAAAUGUCAUCAUCGAAUAAUAUUGACUCAGCUGAUAUUAUUCCUCGACAUAUCAAUUUUAUUUGAUACUUAGCAUUUUGCCAUCUGCUGGUGUUGACGGAAUUAACUUAGUGUCGAUCGCGUGCAUGGCAGUUGUACAUAGGUUUACUGAAUAAAAGUUUUCAUCAGGCCCACACUUGAGGCAAUAACAGAACGUUGCCGCUUGACGACAACAACUGCUCAUUCUGACAAUUCCGGAAGCAAUAUCGAUCGGAACUCACCCCCAGGGACUCCUGAUUUGCUCGAAUCUCUUAUGAGCACGGAUGCGACAGGAUUUGACAGAAUUUGACACUUUUGAUUGGAUAAAACGACCGGAAAUAGCCAAAAUUCUGCUUCGAGAAAUCCCAGAAUGUAAAGUUGGUCGAAUUUACCAGCUUGGAAUCUGUAGUACUAGUAGUACCAACCACCACAGGCUCGGAUUUUCUUAUAGGGCCUAUAGAAGCGUUCAACUGAGCAAAGUAGAGACCAACUCUUACCAAAAUGGUUCUUGAGUGUCCGCCCCUGUUUGCCAGUGGCUGGGUUCUCAAGGAGUGUGGUUUGGAAACCUGUCUUGCCGAGGAAUGCAGACUAGAUGGCGGGUUUGUGGUAGGCAUAUUCGCAGCUAUCAUUAUCAUCACUGUGGGAAUAUUCGGUUGCUAUUUGCUGUUUCUGAACUCAAAAGAGAAGAAGGAAAACCAGAGGAAAGCUAAUGGGCCGCGGAUGCCUCGGCCGCAGAAAAAGGGAGUUUUUGUUUAAAUUGCUUGUUGGAGUAGGACGCGUGCCUCGACCCCCAGGAAAUAGUCUCGGAUUUUUCAUUGGUUGUGUUGUGUUGUGUAGUACAGUAAAGUUUAUUGUCGGGUACACAGGUUUGUAACGUUAGCUUGUCUGGUUGUACACGACGCCAAUAAUUCUUUCUGUUUACUUGCCGGACAGAAAAAAACGAUGUAUGCGAACGGCGUCGGGUUUUAAAUGGGAAUGAGGGGAAACGACGAUUAGUAUUCAAGAACUAAAGGAAAAAGCUGCUCACUCCUUUAACCGCCCGGUGUGGCGCUGUUGUGACACUUGAGUCAGUAUUUCAUCUGCAGUCGGCCUAUUUUCGAUAUCACGAACAAUGUCCGCCCAGUGAGGAAGGCAUCCAGUCUUGUUCACUAUUGACAUAGUUACUGGAUGUAUUCUGUAAUGGACAAUUAAUGUAUUGUCUGGUAUACGUCUGGCAUACUGGCAUAGUUUCAUGGAAAUCCAUCAUAACUAAUUUUAUCGUCAUGAUGUGAGACAGAAAGCUGAAUAUCGAUUCGUCGUAUAGCUGUGUGCACAUCAUUCAUUCGCAUAGCUUACCGAUACUGCAUGAACACUCCAUGCUAUACUCUGUGUAUACAUACGUCAUCGGCGUUCAUGAUAUUGGGAUUUAAGGCGUAUUCUGAUCGGAGUUAAUAGUAUAUGUAUUACGGAGUAUAUUCGAUAGACAAUCGUCAUGGAAGACAGAUUGGAGAUAAUCAAUCCGGCCGGUGGUCAUACCGUUUGAGAGGAUAGGCCUAAUCUGUGAGCGGACACCCAGCUACUAGACCGAUAGACCUUUUCGAUUGGUACAUUUUCUCAUCAGUAGUACAGUGGAACCUCCCUAAGCGGACACCUCUCUACUAAGGACACCUCUCUAUAACGGACACUAGUGUUGGUCCCAAAUUUAUUGUUUCCAUUCAACUUGAGCACUCCAACCAGGAUACUACUCUAACGGCAGUACUUGUCACGAACGUGUCUUUAUAGUGGAGAUAAUCUAAUCUAGGCCUACUACCACCUGGAGUAACUUUGUUCAGACAAUAUACGUCACUGAUGCAAAGCUUGGCGAACUUCAUGUAUAGAACGUGGAAGAACUGAGAGCUUAUUAUCAUUUAUCAUAUGUUGUAGUGAUUCUCUGAAUUGCUGAAGGAUACCCCAUUGACAGUCGCGACUGUCGCGACGAAACAGAACAGUCAAAGGGAUAAGCGAAGAGGAAGGAGGCCGUUGUUUCAUCGUUUGCCAUGGCAUCUUCGACGUAUUCUAUCCAAGCCGUUACCACGAACAUCAUUGCAAUGCUAUGGAUAUUCUUACAAGGGCAAGCUCAAGCAAUGACUUACACGACCUGCACAAGUAGAUCGAACAAUUCAUUCAAAACCAAAAUAUACUGCACCAAUUUAUUCUCCACGAGAUGCUGUUACUCCAAAUGCUGUGAUCGGUGGGACUAUUACACGACCUUCAGAUUUUCUUCCUGUAAGUCGGCAUAUCGGCGUUACGACACAUGCAGAAAUGGCUUGUCAACAUAUUGUUGCAGAAGGCGAUAUGGUACCUAUUCGACAUGUUGCUAUUCUUCAACACCAUGGUGGCAAACUUCGUCAACAACUGAUUGGUGGUCGACGUCUAGUACCACUGACUGGGGUAGUGGUAGAUCCAAUGGACCUUCCCUUGGGGCGAUAAUUGGUGGUGUAUUUGGGUCACUAGUGAUUAUGGUGAUUAUCGUUGUGGUCAGCGUCAUCUGCUGCAGCCAAAGAUCUGCCAGCAGGCAAGGCCGGGUCCUUGGACGAGGGAAUACGACGAUUCCGAUGCUGGCUGGCGCGCAGCCAACAACGACAACUGUGACGCAUCACCCGUAUCCUGCGCAGCAGCAGCCGGGUGCAUAUCCGAACCAAUAUCCUCAGGGUCCAUAUCCGUAUCCACAAGGCGGGCCAUCAUACCCACAACAAUCCCUGCAAGGCUCGGCCCCAUACCCGCCUUCUACUGGCGUCAAUGGACCUCCACCGCCUUACGACUCUGCCCUGAACAUGCAAACGGGCUCUAGUAUGACAGAACUCCGAGCCCAAAAUCCGAGUGGAACUGUUCCAAGCGCCCCCUAUCCGCAAGGACCUGUCGGUGGCGCCCCCUAUCCGACUCAGCCGGCGGGGAUGCCGCCUCCUCCACCACGAUACUGAACGAUUUUAAUUUAAUCUUACAGUAUUAGUAUUUGUAUCAUAAUUGAGACUAUUGCGGGGAUGGAAGGACAUGUACAGUUCAUGCAGAUUUUAGAGGAACAAGCCAUCGGCAGGUUUCGCCACUCUUACGAACGGCGAGGUACGAAGGUCUGUUGUCAGCAAGUGCAUGAGUUCAUUUACGCAACGGCGGCGUACCUUCUGAAAAUGUCACGGGAAAGAAACGGAUCAGGGAACUCUUCAAAAACCACCGUCGAUGUAUUCAAAUAUACUUUGUACUGCGUCAUUCGUAGCUGUUGGUGAUGGUUGCGGAGCCUGCCUAUAAUAGGAACACGUGACCUUCUCCGAGAAGCUGACGGGAUACGGUGGCUAUAAAUACGAACAAUUGAGCAUACAUGUUAUGUAGUUUGUACGUUUCCCGCUGACCUAAGUGCUCUUAAGAUUGCCGCCUUCGCUGUAAAAUUGCCAUACAUGCUUAAAAAGGUUGUGUAUAUAUAUAUAUGCCAAUUCUUGCUGUGAUAUAAAGUGGAUGUUGCUUUGCAAAAAUGAUAUUAAAUAUAGUCAGGAGACAGAUAAGUCAGAUUAGGUUAGACAAAGUCGCCACUAGGGGUCUGUCCUGUCUGACAUUACAAAAAAUGUAUAUCAAUUCCAAAAUUAUUCACACUUGUAUAUGAGGAAUAUAAAAUUAUUCUAGUCAAACACAA